UUUCGAUAGUAAAGGGGGCACAUUUCGAGGCUCUCGCAAGGCUGUAAACAAAUAACCUAAAUUUUACAUCAUUGCUUCGUUGUUCCCAUUCAUUUUUCAACUCCAGCCUUGAGGAUAGUUUAGAGAUUCUAGCUCUCUUUUUCCGCAGUAAUAGACUUUUAAAAUUUGAACAUGAGUAUUUUUUUAGUUACCCUGAAUUGUUAAGAAAUUAGCACCAUGGUUAGUGACACUCAACGAUAUUCCAACCUGCUAUCACAAGAGGAAAAUGAGCAAGUUAUUCGCUUGUUGGGAGAAAGAUGUCAGCCACUGGUUAUGUCUGUAGUUCAAGUAUUUCAGACAGGAGCUCCUGAUCAUGGAUCUUGGAGAAAACGUGAUGCUGGAGUACUUGUCUUGGUUAAAGACAAUGCCCGUCGAUCUUAUUUCUUCCGCUUAUAUUGCCUCUCACGCCGUCAACUUGUUUGGGAACAUGAAGUUUAUUCCAACAUGGAGUAUAACACACCCAGGACCUUCUUUCACAUGUUUGAAGCGGAGGAUUGUGUUACAGCCUUUAACUUUGCUGAUGAGAAGGAAGCUAAUGACCUGAACAGAAUGCUGAAAGAAAAUAUGGCAGCCAGACAGAGAAGAAGACAAGAAAGGAAAAGACAAGCGUCUCAGAAUACAAAUGUUAGCAAUCACCUUUCAUCACAGCAUAGUGUAAGCACUCCACAGCUUUCAAAUGGUUCCAUUCGCUCUUCAACCCACCAUAGAGCAGCCAAAGCAAUCCUGGAGCUUGCAGGAGGGUUAAUAGGAGGAAAAGAUAAACGGAGAAAAGAAGAAAAGAAGAAAUUGUCUAAAGCAGAUAUUGGACUUCCUCAAGACUUCAGGCAUGUUUCCCAUGUUGGAUGGAAUCCAAAUACUGGUUUUGACGUCACUGAUGAAGUAGAAGGCUCUGCUAUGAAGCAGUUUUUUGCCAAGGCAGGAGUGUCAGAAACACAGCUCCAAGAUAAAAAUACACGUGACUUUAUUUAUGAUUUUAUCAAAAAUCAUGGAGGUAUAGACAGGGUGAAAGAUGAAGUCCAAUCCCCCGACGUGCCUCUCCAAUCGCCUGAUGUACCACCUCCACCUGUGCCUGCACGAACUGUGCAAUCCAGUGCCUCCAUCCGCACAGCUCCCCCUCCUCCACCACCACCAUCUAGAAAUCAGUUACCUCCACCACCACCACCCUCACAAGCCGCAGCGAUGGCCCCAGCUCCAGGCCCACCCCCGCCACCACCCCUUCGGACACUACCACAACGUCAAGAUUCCGCAAGAGGAGGUCCAGCACCAAUCCCGCCACCACCACCACCUAUGCAGAAUGCCAUAGGAGUUCCUGCUCCCCCUCCCCCUCCUCCUCCCAUGUCAGCAUCCACCGCUGCUGCACCGCUGGCCCCCGCAGUACCUGCGGCCCCCGUAGCGCCGGCAGUGCCGGACCUGCGUUCAGCUCUCAUGGAUGCGAUACGAAGUGGGAAAGCACUCAAGCCUGUGGCACUGGAAGAGAAAAGUCGCAAUGGAACUCCUGGUGAUACUAGAGCUGAGCUCAUGGAUCAAAUCAGGCAGGGCAAGGAGUUGAAGGCGGUUGUUCCAGCUUCUCGGCCCUUACCUUCAAAUUCCGUCCCGUCCGACUCACUUGCUGUAGCUCUCCAAAGAGCUCUUGCGGAUCGUUCUAGAGCCAUUCACAGUGACUCCAGUGGAUCCAGCAGUGGGGAAGAUGAAGAAGAUGAUGAUGAGUGGGAGGAUUAAACUUGUGUGUAUUAGACCUCCAGAUUGAAUUAUUUGAAUGUACAUGUUUUAUGUAGAUAAGGAAGUAGACAUUUACAUUUUUAAAGACAAUUUAAAUUCACAUAAUAUAUACACAAAUAUAUACCUGUAAUGGAGCAAAUUUCUAUCAGUUUAAUCGAAAAGACCAUUAAGUAAAAACCUCUGUGCGAGGAUUGCUCCCAAAUUAUGGUUUGCUAGUCACAGAAAUACCCAUCCGCAAAUAUGUUAAAUCAACAUAAGCAUUGUUAGCUAGUUCUACUUAUCCUCAAAGUUUCUAUAUCUGUUCGGAAAUCAGUAGUGAUGUAUUGAUUUCACUAUUAUUAUGUAAUAUGUGCUUACUGGGUGUUAUGAUAUUUUUUCAUCUUCACAACACAUGUGCAGAUGUAGAUCAUAAUAUUUUUUUAAAGUAUUGCUUUACUUUGUGUGUUACUUGCUGUACGGUUCUCAGCCUUUUAACUGAAGUAAGCAGUUCCAAGGAAGAAUGAGCAAGUGGUUAACUUUUAACCAUGUGCUGUCAGUAUCAAGUAUAUCAGGACAUCCCUGUGAUAUUUAAGUUCAAUUUCUAACUGAACAAACAAUUAUUAUUUUAUGACUUGUACAAUUGAAUAUUCCCAUGUUAUCAAUAACCAUGUCAUAAUAUGGAGUCCAAAUUUUUUGUUAAGAGUAAUCGAAGUUUACUAAAAUUUUAACCUUGCUGGUACAUUUUACCAGGCUGAACUUCUCUCAUCUCUCAGAUUCUCAUUUCAUCGACCCAGUGAACUUUGAAUGUUGGUGUUAGAAAUAGAUGUGUACUGUUAUUAACAUAGACAAUAGUCAUGAGUGUUGGGUGCCUUUCUUUCUACAAUGAAAUGGUGUGCCCAUAAGCUUCAUAAUUCAUGCAUAAGGCACCAAUGUACAUUCCCGUUUGUGCAAUUGUAGGGUAUCAAAUUGUUAAGAAUAUACUAAUAAAUUGAACUGAGAGAAAA